CGGGGACCGGCCGGGAGGUGCCCGUCCCGAGGACCCCGCGCAGCACAGGGGGCGGCACCCAGACCCCGGCCCGAGAACGAUGCCCAGGGGACGAGCCUGGACCCAGCAAGAGAUCAGCUGCCUCCUGGCUCUCAUCAAGGGCUCCGGGGAGGUGACGCUCCUGAUGGCCUCCACUUCGCGGCCCAACGAGGCCCUGUGGCGGGAGAUCUCCCAGGGGCUGGCGGCCGCCGGCUACAGCCGCAACGUGGCGCAGUGCCGCUCCAAGUGGAAAGCGCUCAAGCAGGCCUUCUACUCGGAGUGGGAGACCUGCCGGCAGGCGGGCGGCCACUCGCCGCGCGUGCCCCCGCACUACAAGACCAUGAAAAAGAUCUGGAAGGCGGCAGGACAGCCCAUCUUCGGGGAGCGGCGCCUCCCAGACCUGGUGAAGUUACCUCCCGGGAAGCGGAGGCCACGGCUCGAGGCCCAGCCUCCAUCCUCACCAGGGCACGUCCUCCACCCGGAAAUCCCGGGCAGGCCACCGGCUGCGCUGGGGCAGUGCACCAAGAGCGAGCCGGGGAGCUCAGCUCACAUGGCCGAGGCAUCCCAGGUGCAGAGAGCUCCCUCUCCUGUACCAAUUCUCGUUGCAGACGCCGGGUCCCCGUUUGCUCCCCUCCCCACCUUUGACUUCCACCCGGCCCUCGCUGCCUUCCCGCCCGUGAAGCAGGAGAGUGCGGGACGGGAGGCUGACUCUCCUGUGGCGUGCCAGGCGCCCGCAGGGCAGGGGGCAGGGGAGCGGGCGCUGCCCGUCACCGUCGGAGACCAGGGCUCAUCUGAGACAACACCUGGCGGUGAGCACCCCGUGCUGGGUGACCGGGCCUCGGCUACAGACCUGCAAGGCCCCAGCGUGGUGAGCCUGCUGCAGAGCAUGCAGCAGCUCCUGGUGCAGAUCCUCCAUACCUCGCAGCAGCAGCAGGUGCUGCUGGAGAGCCUGGCCAGCGACACCGUCUCCCACCUCCACCUCAUCUCCGACAACCUGGUGCAGGUGGGUGAGACCCUGCACGAGCUGCUGCUCCAGGCUCACGCCCGCUCCACCGACCUGCCCACCUCGCUCAGCCACUACGCCAGCCACACGCCCCCCCUCCUGCCCAUGGUGCCCCGCUCGCCCUGUACCCCCAACCCCCCUCCCAAUUCCCCCUCCCACAAAGAGGAGCCUGUGGUGUCAUCCGCCUCCCGAUUCCAGCCCCACCAGCUGGCCCCCCCGUGAGAGCCCCUGCAGAGACUCGGUGCACACAGCAGGUGGCUGUGGGGCUGCCUGCCCCCUUUGUAAACAUGUCCAGUGGGGGAGGAUUUUACAGAGCUUUCUAGCAAAGACCCCAAGAUAUUUUGGACAUUUUUAUUUUUUUUAA